GGCGCCACCCUGCGCGGUAGCGUGUGCGUGGACGGCGUGCCCGUUGCUGACCUCGCUGAGACCCUCGCUUACGUCAGGCAGGAGGACCUCUUCUUCUCACAGCUCACCGUACAGGAGACGCUGGACGUCGCUGCCAGGAUGCGCCUGCCGAAGGAGAUGCCCAUCGCGGAGAAGAGACGCUUUGUCGACGCCCUCAUGCGCGAGCUCGGCUUGCUGACCGUCAGCACGAGUCGCGUCGGCGAUGAGAAGACCCGCGGCAUUUCAGGCGGCGAGAAGAAGAGGCUCUCGCUUGGCUGCGAGCUCGUCUCCACCCCGCGCCUCAUUCUGUGUGAUGAGCCUACUAGUGGCUUGGAUGCCUUCCAGGCGGAUAAGGUUAUGGAGUCGCUGCGCGCCCUGGCGAGGCAAGGCCACACCGUUGUAUGCUCGGUGCAUCAGCCGAGCUCCAAGAUCUUCAAGCUGUGCGAUGAUCUCGUCCUGCUGGCGGGCGGCCGUCGCGUGGGAUUCCCAAUGCCGCACCAGUCCAACCCCGCCGAGCUCUACCUCGACUUGAUCUCGGUCGACUUUUCCACCGACGACACCGCCGCCGCCUCGGAGAAGAGGAUCGACACCCUCGUCGCUGCGUCCAACGCCGUCGCCGCGUCGGCGAAUAGAGUCGCCACGCUGCGCGCCACUUUCGACGAUGCCGCUCGCCAGCCGCUGGAGGACGGCGACGGCGAAAAGCCCUUCGCCGCCCCACCGAAGCGCCUGGGUGCCUUCGGGCAGGUCCGCGUCCUGCUGCAGAGGGCCUGGCGCCAGAUCACCCGCGACAAGAAGACCAAUAUGUCGCGCUUCAUGAGCGCCCUCAUGAGCGCCCUGCUGUUUGGCGCUAUCUACUGGCGCAUCGGCUUCAAGCAGACCACCAUCCAGGACCGCCUUGGCCUGCUCCAGGUAUGCACCAUCAACUCAGCCAUGACCGCCCUUGUUAAGACGCUCAACGUCUUCCCGCGCGAGAGCGUCAUCGUCAACCGCGAGCGCGCGCGUGGCUCGUACAGUGUUCUUCAGUACUUUGUCAGCAAGCUCAUCGCGGAGAUGCCCGUCAGCGCCUUCUUCCCGCUCGUCUUCUCCUGCACCGUCUACCCGAUGGUCGGCCUGUCCGGCGGCCUCAACCGCAUCCUGCGCUUCCUGGGUAUCAUCACGCUGGAGUCGUUUACGGCGGCGUCGUACGGCUUAGUCAUCGGCGCACUGGUCCCGUCCACCGAAGCCGCGCUCGCCGUCGGGCCGUCCAGUUUUGUGCUGCAGAUCGUCUUUGGCGGCCUCUACAUCACCGACGAGAAUGUGCCCGCCUGGGCAAGCUGGAUUCCACGCGUCUCGCUUAUCAAGCACGCGUACGAGGCCCUGUGCGUCAACGAGUUUCGCGGCAUCGAGUUCGAGGCAAAGGAAUCGUGGGACGUCCGCACCGGCGAACAGGUGUUGCAGCGCAUGACGUGGGGCGAGUCAACCGUGUCCAAAGCUUGUCUGCGCCUGUCAAAGAUACUGGCGUUCAACUACCUCGCGACGUACGCCAUCCUGACACUCAAGAAGCCCAAAUUUGAAAAGCUCCAGCCCGUCCUUGUGGAAGACGAUGAAACCCCCCCGCCUCAGGCGAAUGGCCCGACAUCCGCGCUAUCAACCACCCCGGUUGUGACGUAGAGAUGCAAGAGAGCAAUCUGUAGGGCGUUUUCAGUAGAAGCAUGUUGCUGUACAGAUAAGGAAAAACAACCACAGCUUCUUGCCCUCUUUUUUUUUUUCUUUGCUGUGUACUCAUAGUUUGGGCCCUAGCUCUUAGAUGGCCAAGUUAGAUCAUGUGCGUUAACGAAGUUAGGUUCUAUCUGAAGUAUUAUCCUCAAAAGCGAACAACUGCACGA